AUGAGGUUUGUCUUGCUGCUGACAGAGAAGGAAAAAGGCACAGGCAAAAUCCUGCCGAAGGUGCUGCAAAGCCAGCGAGAUUUAAAAUCACGGCCUUAUGUUCUGUACCAGCCACGAGCAGGCGUCAGGAGGGGCACUGCGCAACGGGGCUCUUCCUUUGGCUUCUCGGUGUUUAAUUUAAUGAACGCCAUCAUGGGGAGUGGGAUACUUGGUUUAUCCUACGCUAUGGCCAGCACAGGGAUCCUGGGGUUUAGUAUCUUGCUGCUGAUUGUUGCCAGUCUUGCUUCUUACUCUGUGUUUCUUCUGCUCAGUAUGUGCACUCAGACUGCUGUCACUUCUUAUGAAGACCUUGGCCUGUUUUCAUUUGGAUCAACUGGAAAGGUCCUUGUUGCAACUACAAUAAUUAUCCAGAAUAUUGGAGCUAUGUCAUCUUAUCUUUUAAUUGUGAAGUCUGAACUUCCUGGUGCUGUUGCGGGGUUCCUCGGUGGAGACGAGAGUGGGUCUUGGUACCUCGAUGGGAGACUGCUGCUACUGAUUACUUCAGUCUGCAUUGUUUUUCCCCUUGCGCUUCUUCCUAAAAUUGGCUUUCUUGGCUACACAAGUAGUUUAUCAUUUUUCUUUAUGGUGUACUUUGCUCUUGUGAUUGUGAUAAAAAAAUGGUCGAUCCCUUGUCCUCUACCUAUAAAUGCUGCCAUAGAGACUUUACAGAUUUCAAAUUCUACUGGGGAUUGUAAAGCAAAGCUCUUUCAUCUUUCAAAAGAGAGUGCUUAUGCAAUACCAACUAUGGCCUUCUCUUUUCUCUGCCAUACCUCAGUCUUACCCAUCUAUUGCGAGCUCCAAAGUCCAUCCAAAAGUAGAAUGCAGAACAUAACUGUCACAGGAAUUGGUCUGAGUUUCCUGAUUUACUUUGUGUCUGCUCUGUUUGGUUACCUGACAUUUUAUGACAAAGUGGACUCUGAACUGCUGCAAGGUUAUAGCAGGUACCUGCCGCGUGACACUGUCAUCGUGACUGUGAAAGUAGCCAUACUGUUUGCUGUGCUUUUGACAGUCCCACUGAUCCAUUUCCCAGCAAGGAAAGCCGUAUUGAUGGUAUUUUUCUCUCAUCUUCCCGUGUCCUGGAUUUGCCAUAUCCUUGUCACUUUAGCACUGAAUACCAUUGUUGUUUUGUUUGCAAUGUACGUCCCAGACAUUAAAAAUGUAUUUGGAGUAGUUGGUUCAACCACAUCAACAUGUUUGCUGUUUGUAUAUCCUGGACUGUUUUAUCUUAAACUUAGCAGAGAGGACUUUCUAUCACCGCAGAAACUUGGGGCAUGCGCUUUGGUUAUUUUUGGCAUUGGUGUUGGCCUUCUCAGUUUAGUUCUAAUAAUUUUCAAUUGGAUUGAUCAAUAA